UGACAUAACCCCAUUUAGUUGUUUCACUCAUUUGCAAGAAAACAAGCAAACAUUGGAAUUAUUAAAUAAUUCUAAGUAAAAAAUGAACCAGAUAACUCCAAUUCUUCGUACAAGUGCAAAUUUAGUCAAUCGCCAAGUGGUCAGACAAUAUGCAUUUAAAUCGGAUUUAAAAAUAAAAUGGGUACGUCCCGAGAAAAUCUCUUGCAUACGUCCAGAGAAGAGUGGGGACUGUUCCAAGUUGCCGGCGGUAAAUUCUAAAGAAUUGAUGCUGGGUUUCAACAAAUCCAAGGAAUUGGAAACUGCUGAUGAUACUGUUAAAUCCCUAUUUGAGUUGGGUAACAAUCCAAACUUUCACACUUCCAGGUAUUAUAGUGAUCAAUUGAUUAAAGAAGUCCAAAGACAUCAACUUGACUAUGGAUCUAUGGAAGCAAAAUUGGCCGGCAUGACAGUUUUUAUUAGACGCUAUCAACAAUAUAUGGAAGAACACCCUCGAGAUAAGAAACGCAAAGUCAUGCUUAAAGAAAUGAUUGAAAAACGCAAAAAAUUCCUGAAAUAUUUGCGUCGUUGGGACUACAGGCGUUUCGAAUGGAUAUUGGAAAAAUUGGAUUUGGUUUAUAAACCUCCGCCAGCCAAAUUCCAUUGGAUAACACGCAAAGAAUCAUUGCAAAAGCUAACUGAUAUCCACUGUGAAAAUUUGAAACAGCAAAAAUUAGCAGAAUAUCGUAAAACGCUGGAAGAACAACAGAUUCCAUUUUUAGAGGAUGCUAUUAAGAAAAUGCAGUUUGUACGCCAAGAGCAACUUGAUUUGGGAAUUCCCGUGACCAUAACAGAAGAGGACAUAGCCGAACACAAAAAUAAACUCAUCGAACUGAAACAAUUCAGGGACGAAACUAAAGCCGCAAUUAAAACUACAAACAUUUAACGACAAUCGUUUGUUAUUAAAUUUUUAAGUAUCCAAUAAAAAAAUUGUCGUCUUAUAAAAAA